AUGUCCAACUCACGGGUUCUGAUAGCUGCCUUGGCCGUGAUUGCCAGUGUAGAAUUCGUUUUCGCUCGGCCAAACUUCCUUUUCGUUCUGACUGAUGAUCAAGAUACACACAUGGAAUCGCUAAAGUACAUGCCUCAAGUCCAAGAGCAUCUUAUUUCCAAGGGCGCCACCUUUAACAAGCACUACUGCACAGUUGCUGUUUGCUGCCCAAGCCGAGCCAACAUUUGGACAGGCCAGUUAUCCCACAAUACCAACAUUACGAACGUGCAAUUACCAUGGGGCGGCUACUCUAAGUUCAUCCAGGGCGGCUAUAACGACAAGCACCUGGCCCUGUGGCUUAACCAAGCGGGCUACAGCACCUACUACGCGGGGAAACUUUUCAAUGGCCACACAAUCAAGAACUAUGAUAACCCUCAUAUGAGCGGAUACAAUGAUUCCGCCUUCUUCCUGGAGCCUUACACUUAUCAGUAUUUCAACGUGAGCUAUAGUCGGAACGGCCAGAAGCCUACGAAUCCCGAAGGCAAAUACUCAACAGAUCUUCUAUCCAAUCUGACCAGAGGGUUUAUUGAUGACGCACUCGAUAAUUCAAACAACCCGUUUUUCAUCACGGUCGCACCCGUUGCUCCUCACGGCUGGUUGACCGAAUGGCAGACUAACGCCUCGUUUGGACCGCCUUUGCCUGCUCCCCGGCACAAGGGUCUAUUUAAAGACUACAAAAUCCCACGAACAGAAAACUUCAAUCCAGAGGAGGCGAGCAGCGUGAAUUGGAUAUCCAAGCUUGAACGGCUCAACGACACAGUGAUUGAGUAUAAUGAUGAGUUCCAGCGGCUACGUCUACGGUCAUUGGCUGCUGUGGACGACAUGGUCGGCGACGUUGUGCGGAAGCUGGAAGAAAAAGGUGUUCUGGACAACACCUACUUCAUCUACUCUUCUGAUAACGGAUUUCACAUCAGCCAACACCGCAUGCAUCCUGGGAAGAUGUGCGGCCUGGAAACGGACAUCAAUGUGCCAAUGAUCAUCCGCGGUCCGGGAAUCGAAGCAGGCAGUACGCGCUCUAUUCCAUCCUCCCACACUGAUCUGGCCCCAACGCUGUUACAACUGGCCGGCGAGAGCAUUGGAAAUAAAGAGUUGGAUGGUGCACCGAUGGAUCUCGGCCUUCCAAGCGCAAACUAUUCUGCCCCAGCGCGGACCGAGCACGUUGCGGUGGAAUUCUGGGGUCCAGGGCUUGGCGAGAGCAAGUUUGCUAAACCCAAGCACUACAAAAACAAUACGUACAAGGGACUUCGCCUUGAGUCUGACGCAUAUGGGUUUUAUUAUUCCGUAUGGUGCAAUAAUGCUAGAGAAUUGUAUAACAUGAAAAAUGACUCCGGCCAACUCAACAAUUUGCUCUCAUCGAGCUCUGAAGAUGGAAACAAAUUCACGCUGUUUGAUCAGAAUGUUGAUGUUAUUUCUAAUCGCCUGGACGCGCUGCUUAUGGUUUUGAAGUCUUGUAAAGAAGAUUCUUGUCGAGAUCCUUGGCGCUCCUUACAUCCGGAUGGCAAAGUCAGCAACUUGAGUGAUGCACUGCGGGCAGAAUUUGACUCUUUCUAUAAGGAUCAACCGAAAAUUGCCUUUGAUUACUGCGCGAAUGGACUACUUAUGAGCGCAGAAGGCCCCCAGAACUACACUGCAUUCGGCGCUGAUGCAAAGGAUGGAUCAGACGGGGAGCAGAAGAGGUUCAUGAUUGAUGGGAGGCUGGUGUGGACGACGGUUCUGGUGCUCAUUGCCAUAUAUGUCAUAUAG